CAGUUGGCAGAGCAAUGUUGACUGGCCCCUGUUUUUUGCCAAGCCAUGAUACUUACCUCUGAUCUUUCUUCUCUACCGCUUUUCAGAAGGUCUACGUCUCUUAUAACACGGGAGUCCUCCGUUGAUUGCGGAGUGAAACUCAGCAAGAAGCAGCCGCUUGAAGAAUGGAGGCUCUCCGAACAGAACACGAGUUGGGCUCAAUACGCAAGAUGAAGAUGAACAGCUUCUUCAAGUUGAUCCUUCAGAGAGAACCCAUGCAAGGGCUGAAAAUCCCGCCAAAGUUUGCGAGGCUUUUUUCUGAAGAGCUUCCCUGUAGAUUGAUCUUAAAGGGCCCAUCUGGUGAAAAUUGGAAUGCCAAAUUAUGCAAGAACGUCACUGGCCUGUAUAUACAUGAUGGAUGGCGAGAGUUUCACAUAGACAACUCCCUUGGAAACAAGGAGUUCCUGCUAUUUCAGUAUGAUGGGAAGAGAAGCUUUGAAGUGCAUAUUUACGAUCCGACUGGAUUGGAGAGAAUCAAUGUUCCUGUUACAAAAGGAAAAGAAACAAACUUUCAUAGUUGGAAAAGCCCAAGAGGCAGACCCAGAAAGUGCCCUGUUUGCUCCGGAAAUCUCCCUCAGUCAACAUAUUUCAACUCUCAGGAGGGGCAAAAUCAGGAAGUCGAGCUUAACAAGCUUGAGAUAAUCAACAGAGAGGAAGAGGAAAUGGAUCUUUGUGCUGUUAGAAUGAGUUCAGAGCCCCGCAAGCACAAACGGAGGAACAAGCUUGGAAAACUCACCGCGGGUUUGUCAGUAUCCAAAUCGACGUUUAGGUGCCAUUCUAUUGAGAAGCAGAAGAAUGCUUCUCACUUUGAGGUAAAUGCAAGGGUUAGAGCAAUAGAAGAGAUGCUUACUUCUACGUUCCCCUACUUCAUGACUUACAUGAAAAUGUUCAGUCUUAGGCAGGCGAAAAUGCUGUAUAUUCCACGCGCCUUUGCUCAAGUGCAUAUGCCACGGGAAUGGGAGGACGUUGUCCUGCGAAAUCUGGAAGGGAACACUUGGAAUGUCGUUUGCUUGGAAAAUGACAACCGGCGUUUCUUUUCUGGUGGGUGGUCAGCCUUUAUCGAAGACAACAAGCUAGCGACUGGAGAUGUAUGCCUGUUCGAGCGUCUCUCCAACAAGGAAUUCCUAGUCACCAUAUUUCAAUCACCGGAAACUUUGACUGCAUGAAUGGAGAUGUGGCCAAGGAGAUUAGAUUGUGGUAGCAUAUGUGAAUUAUGUUUUGCCAUUAUGACUGCUCAGAGAGAAAUCACUCAUUAGUAUUAUUGCAUAGUUUUUAAUAGGAAAGAUGUUUCUCAAUGAUAUGACGCUGGAUUAUACCUUGAGCUUGCAGAUUUAUAAUUACUCGUCUUAUGGUUUCUGAGCUGCUCAUUAUCUGAACUAAAACUUGGAUCUAUGAUUCAAACUAGUUUUUGAUUUGACAUUUAUUGUUUUGAGUCAUUAGCAUUUUUGAACCAGCAUUUAGAGAGAGAGAGAGAGGGCAUGAUCUUUUAGUAUAGGACUCCCCCUUUAAUGUCGGCUUCGUA